GCCGGCAGGUCGGCGGCCUCCGCCGUCUCCAUGGUGACGGCCGCGCCGGCGGCGGCUCGGCCUCGGGGGAGGAUGCGGCGUGCGGGGCCCGGCCCGGGCCUCUGAGGAGGGUGGCGGCCCGGGCUGCGGGUGGCAGCAGUGACAUCCCAUUCUCGGGCCGGAGACGCAGAUGGCCUCCAAUGAGAACGAUGCCAUAUCGUGGUACCAGAAGAAGAUUGGAGCAUAUGAUCAGCAGAUAUGGGAAAAAUCAAUCGAACAGACUCAGAUUAAGGGCUUCAAAAACAAACCAAAAAAGAUGGGUCAUAUAAAGCCAGACUUGAUUGAUGUUGACCUAAUCAGAGGUUCAACAUUUGCCAAAGCCAAACCUGAAAUUCCGUGGACCUCACUCACUCGGAAGGGACUUGUUCGAGUUGUAUUUUUCCCCUUUUUCAGCAAUUGGUGGAUUCAGGUCACCUCUUUAAGGAUCUUUGUUUGGCUGCUACUGCUUUACCUCAUGCAAGUUAUAGCGCUCGUGUUAUAUUAUGUGAUGCCUCUUGUGAAUGUAAGUGAAGUACUUGGACCCUUAUGCCUUAUGUUACUCAUGGGAACUGUCCACUGUCAGAUUGUGUCCACUCAGAUAACAAGAUCAUCAGGAAACAAUGGUAAUCGAAGAAGAAGAAAAUUACGAAAAACUGUAAAUGGUGAUGGGAGCCGAGAAAAUGGAAAUAAUUCCUCUGAUAAAGUCAGAGGAAUAGAAACUUUGGAACCUGCACCAUUUAUUGGUGGUUUUUGGGGGACUCUUUUUGGUAACAGAAUUAAAAGAAUGAAAUUAAUAUGUAACAAAGGGACUGAAACACAGAAUGACAAAAGCUGUUUACAUCCCAUCAUUAAGAAGAGACAAUGUCGACCAGAGAUUAAAAUGUGGCAAACAAGAGAAAAAGCAAAAAUUUCAGAUGGAGAAAACUAUCAAAGGGAGGAGACUUUUAGGUAUUUGGGUAAUGGCGUUUCAGAUGAUCUUUCAAGUGACGAAGAUGGCGAAACCCAGACACAGAUGAUGUUAUUGCGGAGGAGCGUGGAAGGGGCCUCCAGUGACAAUGGCUGUGAGAUUAAUAGAAGAUCAGUACUUUCAAGACACCCGAACCCUCAGGUAAAGAAAACCUCCCCCAGGUGGUGCCAUAUUAUGCGGGAUUCAGAUAGUCUUGCUGAAUCCGAGUUUGAAUCAGCAGUCUUCAGCCAGGGCUCUAGAUCUGGUGUGAACGGCAGCUCCCGAAGCCUGCAUAUGUCCAGAAGAGACUCCGAGAGCACUCGCCAUGACUCUGAGACAGAGGACAUGUUGUGGGAUGACCUGCUGCAUGGCCCAGAGUGUCGGUCGUCAGUCACCAGUGACAGUGAGGGGGCUCAUGUGCACACGCUUCAUUCGGGGGCCAAACGCGACCCCACAGAGGAUGUUUUCCAACAGAACCAUUUAUUCUGGCUUCAGAACUCAAGUCCAGCCUCUGAUCGAGUCAGUGCAAUAAUCUGGGAAGGGACUGAGUGCAAAAAGAUGGAGAUGUCGGUGUUGGAGAUGAGCGGCGUCAUCAUGGGCAGGGUUAAUGCAUAUCAGCAAGGAGCUGGUUAUCAGAUGCUGGGAAACGUUGUCACCAUUGGAUUAGCAUUUUUUCCUUUUGUAUAUCGACUUUUCCGUGAGAAGAACUUUGACCAGCUAAUGAACAUUUCAGCUGUGGAGAUCUUGACACUCUUUUGUGGAGCACCACCUGUUAUGCCUGUUAUUGUUUUGUCUUUAAUUAAUUUUUUUGAACGAUUGUGUCUUACUUGGAUGUUUUUUUUCAUGAUGUGUGUGGCUGAGAGAACAUAUAAACAGAGAUUUUUAUUUGCAAAACUUUUCAGCCAUAUUACUUCUGCCAGGAAAGCUAGGAAAUAUGAAAUACCUCAUUUCAGACUCAAAAAGGUGGAGAACAUUAAGAUAUGGUUAUCACUGCGUUCCUAUCUCAAGAGACGAGGCCCACAACGUUCAGUAGAUGUGGUUGUAUCUUCAAUUUUCUUACUGACACUUUCUAUUGCUUUCAUUUGUUGUGCCCAGGUUCUCCAAGGACAUAAAACUUUCCUGAAUGAUGCUUAUAAUUGGGAGUUUUUGAUCUGGGAAUCAGCUUUAUUACUUUUUUUGCUGCGGCUGGCCUCAUUGGGAUCUGAAACCAACAAGAAAUACAGCAAUGUUUCAAUAUUACUUACUGAACAGAUUAAUUUAUAUCUUAAAAUGGAAAAAAAGCCAAAUAAGAAAGAACAACUUACUUUAGUAAACAAUGUAUUAAAGCUGUCUACCAAGUUGUUGAAAGAACUGGACACACCAUUUAGACUCUAUGGAUUAACAAUGAAUCCCUUAAUCUACAAUAUCACACGAGUCGUUAUCCUUUCUGCUGUCUCAGGUGUUAUUAGUGAUCUUCUAGGAUUUAAUAUAAGAUUGUGGAAAAUUAAGCCAUAAGCUGAGCCAUGUGCCUGGACGCUCUCACCUUGCUGGCCUCAGUGAUGACCAAGGGUGGGGUAGCCGCGGAGCCCCUGAGAUGCUGCUUGUUCACACAGAGCUGCCUUGGCUCUGCUUGAUCUGAUGGAUGGUGUUUUCACAGGAACAGUUUCCCAACUGGGUGUGCAUGCAAACUAAAAGCCUGUACUUUUCUAUUUUCAUGGUUUUCAAACAAUGUGAAUAGUCAGGAGGUAAGAUUGUGUUAUGGUAACUCAAGGACAGCUUUCUAAGUUAGAAAGUUUACUCUGGGCAUUUCAGUAUGUGACACUUAUAUUUCCUGGAAAUAGACUUUUGGGUAACUAUAGUAGAUGCCCAGAGCAUGAAGCAAAUAUCCUUUAUUAGAGAUAUGCAAAUUUAGUACUUUUCUAUUACAGACUAUAGAAUUGGAGAUUUCAUUAACCUAACAAAAAGAUCAAAUUAAAUUAUUUUUAAGUUAAAUCCAAAUAAAGGAAUAUUACUGGAGAA